CCCGCCCCAAAGAGGAGCUGCCGGGAAACGAAAGUGAAUUGUGGCGGAGUGGAGUUGGAGGGGGUCGGGCUGCCGUUCCCCCUGCCAAGCCCAGGCGCGCCUGUGGACGGCUCUUCCCUUCUCCUCUUUGUUCCGGCCCGAGGCAGAGCCCCUUCCCCCUUUAAAAAUGAAGAGAAGAGCAGAACCUGAAUAUAGCAGCCCACAGAAAAGGCAGAAAAAAAGGAUAGAAGAGUUGGGUCUGACUCUCAGUUCCACAUCAGACGAUGAAACCCAACUUAGUGGUAACCAUGCAACUCAAGAUUCUUCCACCACAAGCAGCAGUGAAUCUGAUAGUGAGAGCAGUGAGAGGCGGCCUGCUCUUGGCACUUUCAGCAAUAAAUUCAGCGCAGAUUCCCUUGUGGAGGGCACAUCUUCCCGCUACUCUAUGUACAACAGUGUGUCCCAGAAGCUCAUGGCUAAGAUGGGGUUUCGAGAAGGUGAAGGUCUUGGCAAAUAUGGCCAGGGAAGGCAAGAGAUUGUGGAGGCCUCACAACAGAAAGGAAGACGUGGAUUGGGGCUCACAUUGAAAGGAUUUGAUGGAGAGGUGAACAUCAACUGGCAAGAUGAGCCAGAGGCUAGUGCUUAUGAGCAAGUGGACUGGUGCCCAGAAUGUACCACAGAAAUUCCAGAUGCUGAAGAAAUGAAGGAUUGGAUGAUGAUAGGAAAGAAGAAACUGGUGAUUGACGAUGAAACGGAAUUCUGUGGAAAAGAACUCCUACAGAGCAUACUCCAAUGCAAGAGUGUUUUUGAUGUGCUGGAUGGAGAGGAGAUGCGCCGAGCUCGUACAAGAUCCAAUCCCUAUGAGAUGAUCCGUGGAGUCUUCUUCCUAAACAGAGCUGCAAUGAAGAUGGCAAACAUAGAUUAUGUCUUCGACUACAUGUUUACAAAUCCAAAGGAUUCUCGUGGGAAACCACUAAUUAAAGAACGUGAUCCUGAGCUGCUAUACUUUGCUGAUGUAUGUGCUGGCCCUGGUGGUUUCUCAGAAUAUGUCCUCUGGAGGAAGAAGUGGCACGCAAAGGGUUUUGGGAUGACCUUAAAAGGACCAAAUGAUUUCAAAUUGGAGGAUUUCUGUGCUGCCUCUAGUGAACUUUUUGAGCCUUACUAUGGUGAAGGGGGUGUUGAGGGAGAUGGCGACAUCACCCGUCCUGAGAACAUUUCUGCCUUUCAGCAUUUUGUGCUGGACAGCACAGAUCAGAAGGGGGUGCAUUUCUUGAUGGCUGAUGGGGGCUUCUCUGUAGAGGGGCAGGAAAACAUCCAAGAGAUCUUAAGCAAGCAGCUAAUGCUUUGUCAAUUCCUCACAGGACUCUCUGUUAUACGGACAGGAGGGCACUUUCUCUGCAAAACCUUUGACUUAUUCACACCAUUCAGUGUUGGCCUUGUAUAUUUGUUGUAUUGCUGCUUUGAACGUGUGUCAAUCUUCAAACCUGUGACAAGCCGUCCUGCCAAUUCAGAAAGGUAUGUGGUAUGCCGUGGAUUAAAAUCUGGAAUUGAUGAAGUGAGAGAAUAUCUUUUCACAGUGAACAUCAAACUCAACCAGCUACGCAACUCUGACCAAGAUGUUAAUCUUGUUGUUCCCCUGGAAGUAAUCAGAGGUGAUCAUGAUUUCUAUGACUACAUGAUACGCUCAAAUAAAAGACUCUCUGCUGUUCAGAUUAAAGCCCUGGCCAAAAUUCGUGCCUUUGUUCAAGACACGACUUUGAAUGAACCACGUCAGGCUGAUAUCCGAAAAGAAUGCCUCAGACUUUGGGGGAUUCCAGACCAAGCCCGAGUUGCUCCAUCUUCUUCUGAUCCCUUGUCCAAAUUCUAUGAGCUAACUCAGGGUGCUGACAUAGAGAUCUUUAGUUAUAAACCAACUCCUCUCAACUCAAAAACUUUAGAAAAAAUUCGACCAGUGCUGGAUUACAGAUGCAUGGUAUCAGGAAGUGAGCAGAAGUUCCUUCUGUCACUAGGGAAGUCUCAGAUAUAUACCUGGGGUGGUCGCCCAUCAGAUCGCUGGACCAAACUGGACUUGAAAAUAGAACUGCCACGGGAUACGCUUCUGUCUGUGGAGAUUGUUCAUGAGCUGAAAGGAGAGGGCAAAGCCCAGCGAAAAAUCAAUGCCAUCCACAUCCUGGAUGCUCUGGUGCUGAAUGGCAGUGAUGUCAGAGAACAGCAUUUCAAUCAGCGAAUUCAGCUGGCAGAAAAGUUUGUGAAAGCUGUCUCUAAACCUAGCCGCCCAGAUAUGAGCCCCAUCAGAGUGAAAGAAGUGUACAGGCUAGAGGACAUGGAAAAGAUCUUUCUUAGGUUAGAAAUGAAGGUCAUCAAAAGCUCAGGUGGAAUCCCGCGGCUAUCCUAUACCGGCCGUGAUGACAGGCACUUUGUACCUUUUGGAUUGUACAUCGUUCGGACUGUCAGCGAGCCCUGGACCAUGGGAUUCAGCAAAACCUCUAACAGAAAGUUUUUCUACAAUAAGGCAACACAACAUGCCACAUACGAACUGCCUCCAGAAUCUGUUGCACCAUUUCACAUUUGUUAUUUUGGUCGCCUCUUCUGGGAAUGGGAUGAUGGUAUCAAAGUACAUGACUCUCAGAAAAGAGAAGAUCCAGAGAAACUAUCGAAAGAAGCUGUUCUGUCCUUCAUCAGACAACAUUUCACCCUGUGAUUACUCUCUCGUCAGAUCUUAGGGUAUGGGGAAUGACCCUGACCUGGAAUAUUCAGCAGGGAGUCAUGGAGAAAAACACUUGUCAAAGUGGUCCGAUUGGAUGAUAAGGACUCAAUCCAAAAGAAAUAGGAGAAGGCUUUGGAUUAUAAAAUAGUACAGUAUAUAAAUAUCUGCUCCUGGCUGUGCUAAGACUGGAGCAGUGCACAUUCUUCUGAAUGGAUCCUCACUGUAUCUUCCUAGGGCUUUUCCCUCCUGACAUCUGGGCUGUAUUAGCAGGCAACGAAGGAAGAAGAGGAUGCACAGAAGACUCUUGGCAUUUGUAAAAUUGGAGGCCAGAUGACUGUUGGCUAAACUACUCAAAUGAGGACAGAAAAACAAAUAUACUUUUAGUAACUCUUUCUUGUUCCUCUUUAUGUGAAUUCACUGGGAAGUGUACUUGAUUCUUGUAAUUUGGCUUGUGACUGCAGCCUAGAAGUUCUGAGAGUUCAGAUCUUAGCAGGAAGAAACCCGACAGGUAGAGUUUUUGAAUUAAUAAUUUAGAUAUGCUUAUUGCCGAUAGUGACUCUCAUCAAAGUUGGAUUUUAUGCUUCUAUGCAAGUAAAUAUAUUAUGCUUUUUCUCACUCUCCACCUUCAGAUAUGCCCGUCCAAGUAUUUUUCUCUCUGAAUUCUAUACCCAGUACUUUCCCUUCAGAAAGUAAAGGAGAUUUGGAAUUUAGAGAAUUUGCUUUAAAGGAACUAUAUAGAUUAGAUCCAGUGGAAAAAAUGCAUAUUUCUAAAGAGAGCAACUUCUUUUGGCUUUCAAAAAAUUAAAACUGAAUCUUUGCACACAUUGGCAGGAAGGUAUUGACUGUGUGAUUGAGUAAGUGGUGCCUGGGUUGUGUCUUAAAGAAAUGUGAGGUGUCCUAUAAGUGAAGGCAUCAUCCAAGUCUUUUUGACAAAGAAAAUGGUCAAAAAAUGGAUUUGAGUUGUGGGAAAGUAGAUGUUUCUAUAUAGAUUUUAUCUCCAUUCAAGUUGAGCAGCACAGAACCAAUUUUAAAUUCCACAGACCUUAGGGGUGGGCAAAAUAUUUUGAAUAUAAGAUGUUUUGAGAUUGAAAGAGUUGUUCUAAGUUCAGAAUGGUUGUUCUGACAUAUUGAAGUGUUCAAGGCUCAAAACAAUUCUGUCUUAAGUUUGAAAUAGUUUUGAGCUUAAAAUGGGACAUUUCAAGCUCAGAACACUUUUAGAAUGGUUGAAACACAUCUUUUGAACUCUCAGUAUUUUGAAUUCAGAAUGUUUGCACACUACCAUUAAAUCUUAAUGAAUCUUAGCUAAAAUAAAUAGUUCUGUCUUUCAGAGCCAGUUCAAGAACAGUGUAGGUUAAUACUGCACUUUAGCAAUAGCAGUUAUGUAGCUUAAUUGCCAUCAUCAUACUAUCUUGUUUCUAGAUUCCUCUGUUGAAAAAUAUUAUCAGGAAGAAUGGAAGUUUAAGGGUCCCCAUUUCUCACAAAGGCUGAAGCAUACAAAAGCACUUAAUAUUGAGGAUCAUCUCUGAGAUUUGGUAAACAUCUUUGAGGGUUCCAAAACAAAGCUUUAGCUUUUAGGAUUCUUUUGGCAAGAAUGGGUCACGUUUCAAAACAAAUUGCCUUCCCAUACAAUAUGUUUGUUUGCCUUAGCAGGCUAGAGGGUAAAACAGUAAAUUGACUGUUUAUUUGCAAUAGGAAGUGACAACGAUUAAAUAACCUUUGACAAUCUAGAGUUCAUAGUCUUGGUUUUAAAAUAAUUUGAUGAGGGGGGGUUGCCACCUUCUUCCCUGACCAUCAUGAUACAACAAAUAGGUCAAACAUUUUAUUUUGCUUUAAAUCCUUUACAUCAGGUGUUACCAAUUUUUAAGGUUAUAUUUCUAGUUAAGGACCUCAUUGCAAGUUAGAAUAGAAUAUUUCAGAAGGAAGAUUUCAUUGCAAGUUUGAUUUUAGUCUAUAUUAUUAGAGAGUGAUUGGCAGAUAAUGUUGUGUAUGGAGUCACAGUGGUACCCAAAAUAUCUGCCCUCACUUUGUUCACUUUGGCUACUACUAGAGUCCUGGUUUGUGGCCUUCUCCUAGGAAAACUCUGUAAGGGUUUAAAAAUCUUAACUAUUUAAAGAGUGUGUACCUGGAGACUUUAGAACAAAAUUAAUUCCAGUACUGAAAAAUGACCUCAUAUUGAUUCAGAGCCCAAAUGCCCAGAGUACAAAGAGAAUAUUGAAAAUAUUUGAUUAGUGGAUAGUUCAACUUGUUCUUGUUUGUUCUCUUACUGGUCUGUGAAGGGUUGAGGUGAGGGGAAGGAGGUAAAAAUGUCUUGCUGAAAGAAAUGUUUACAAUGUGUGUUCUGUGAAGCUGUGUAUCAGUUGUGAUGAUUUCUCGUCCCUUUUUUGUCUGUAUUGCCAAUACAAUCCUUGUAAUUUAGUAAUGUGUUUUGUUCUUGGCUUAGAUAAAUAUUCUAGCACUCUGUGAUACGUACUGGGCUGAGGAAGAACAAGUUCUGGCACCACUUGUCCCAGGAGCUCACUGGGUGAGUUUAGGUCUGCCGCUGUUUCAGCCCAACCUACUUCACAGAGUGGAUGUGGGGAUAACAUUAGGAGACCUACCCUAUAAGCUGCCUUUAGCUUUCAGACAAAAGGCAGAAUAGACUUAAAUGAGUACGUAACACUUGUCAGUAGCAUUGGAACUGUGCAAGAGGGGUGCAUGUGUGAGAGAAUGCCUAAGCAAUUGGUUUACAAGAUAUGGCUGGUGAGAUAAUGGAAGACUGAACUGCUACAGAGUCUCUGUAAUUUCCCAAGGGCAAAGGGGGUGGGGUGAGGGGAAAGAAAAACUGCUUUAAAAGGUUAAAUUUGGGGCAAGAUAUAUGUGUCUCCCUUCUAGAGCCAAAGCCCCAUCAGAAAACAGGCAGCUUUUUUGUAACCCCACUGGAAAAUGUUCAGUCUGUAGUAGUCAAACUUUAGGAGAUGCAGUUGGUAGAAGUUUGUAUAGAAAACAGGCUCAUCCAGAUAAAAAAUUACCUUGUGAAAUAUGCCAAAAUAAUUUUGAUUUGCAAUAUAUAUCAACAUAAGUUUCUUAUGUAGUAUUAUAUUUUGUUAAGCAGUUGCAGGAAAGAGAUGUUCCAGUGGAAUGUCCCAAGGGGACUGUUUUCUUACAAGAUUGAAACAAUUAUUUGUUAAGUUUUGUGCACAUCCCUAGUAUAUGAUUGGGGUAUACAGAGAUUUGAAAUAAAUGAUUCUUAAAGCCAACUCUAGUGUAAAUGAAGCAGUUCUCCUCAAAGCUUUGAAGCAGCCACGUCCUUUGGAAGCCUCACAAGCUAUCUCAAUGUCUGCUUAUGCACAGCCACUUUGCUGAUAGUCACAUCCAUGUGCAGUUAUUGAAGGAGUUCUAAACAGUACAGCUUCCUCAGCACUUCAGCGGGGGGUGCUUUGCUGGUGUCAACAGGCUUUCUGAAGUAGUUCUUUCAAAUGCUUUGCACAGCUGAUAUUUAGGCAAAAAUGGAGUGGGUUUUAUUUUCAAAAUGCCUGAUUAUAUUGCUAGUGAGGCUGCUUGAAGAGUGGUAUCGCCUUUGAUGAGUUGACUCCUUAAGGCAGUAGUAUCUUUUUCAGGUUUAAGCGGAAGACUGAAAAAUGGGCUGCUUUAAUAGAGAGGUGCUCAGCUCACAUGAGGUCUGAAGCACUUUUUCCAAGUCAUUUCUGAAAUUUGCAGAGUCCUGAUAUUUAAAUAAUGUUAAGGAAAAAGGAUUUAAAUCAUCAGACACACAGGCAAUUUAUUUACUUGCAAGGAGGUAAGAGCAGAGUUUCUCUUUUCUUACUUAAAACAGCAAAGUUUAAAGGCGAUUUAUAUAUAUAUUUUUUGGAAGGAGGGAUGUCAUUGAAUCACAGACACAAAAGGAGGGAGCCAUGGUUAUAUUUCCCAAGUAGAAAACAAAAGGAGUGAGCCUGGAGCACAUUUUUGAAGCAGAAAACAAAAGGAGCCAUGAGUGUAUUUCCAAAGCAAAACAAAGCAGCUUGACAGCAUUAGAAUGCCUUCUUCCUACAACAACGGAGGUGCUAAUAGGUACUGCUAAUAGGUACUGAACUUGAGGCAUUGUUGCAGUCAGGAAAAUGUCAAGCCAAUUAACUCUAACUUGGUGAAAAACUUAAAAGUCAGGAAAGGAAGUAGAAUUACAAAGCACUCUUUCCUGAUAGGGGAGACCUGCCAGGGAAAAUGGAAGGGGAAAAAGUGCUUUUUUGGAAAAGGGAAGAACCUUUAUUAAAAAAAUUUUAUACUGUUAAUUCGCUUCAAAAUGCAAAUAAUAUUAAUAAUCAUCACCUAGAUAGGUGGUUUCUUUAAAGAAGGCAAAACCAUACAAUAUUUUUUUCCCUUAGAAUACAUGCUAUUUAUUAAUACAGUUCCAAAAAGUAGUCAACUGGCUCACAAAACACAAUGGCGUUAAAAAGAUCCAUGACCUGAAAAUAUUUUUAAAAUGAUUAAAAGGACUUAAUGAAAGACACAGACAAGAAGUUGUUUUAGAAGCCUCUAUAAAGAUAUACUGUAUAUUGCCUACCAUUAAAAAAAAAAAAAAAA